GCAGUUUCCUCUGGACAGGGAACGACUUGGUUAGGAACGGUCUCCUAGAUGUCCUGCACUAUUUGCUCUUGAUUUUGUAAUCUGGGCCUUUAGAAAGCGCUCCGGGAGGGUAAACACCGACGCCAGUUCGUGCAUUACCUAGCGUUUGUUAAUUAAAAAAAGGAGACGAAGGCUGUUGACUCUCCAUCAUGUUUUUGGCCCACAGGAGGCUCUGCUCUCUUGGCAAUAGGACAGAACUCCUAAAGACAAUUUAUUCUUCAGAAAUCCUGGGAUUCUCUACUUCUGCUAAAAUGUCUUUGAAAUUGAAAAAUGCAAAGCGGAUUGAGGGACUUGAUAGCAAUGUGUGGAUUGAAUUUACCAAGUUGGCUGCAGACCCUUCUGUUGUCAAUCUUGGCCAAGGCCUUCCAGAUAUAUCCCCUCCUGCGUAUGUAAAGGAAGAAUUAUCAAAGAUUUCAGCAAUUGAUAGCCUGAAUCAGUACACCCGGGGCUUUGGCCAUCCACCGCUGGUGAAAGCUCUGUCCUGCCUCUAUGGAAAACUUUAUCAGAAUGAAAUCAAUCCAAACAAAGAAAUCCUCGUGACAGUGGGAGCGUACGGCUCUCUUUUUAAUGCCAUUCAGGGACUAAUUGACGAGGGAGAUGAGGUCAUAAUAAUGGUGCCUUUUUACGACUGCUAUGAGCCCAUGGUGAGGAUGGCUGGAGCAACACCUGUUUUUAUUCCCCUGAGAUCUAAACCUGUUGAAGGAAAAACAUGGUCUAGUUCUGACUGGACAUUCGAUCCUCAAGAACUGGCAAGUAAAUUUAAUUCCAAAACUAAAGCGAUUAUACUGAAUACUCCUCAUAACCCCCUUGGCAAGGUAUAUACCAAAGAGGAACUCCAAGUAAUUGCUGACCUUUGCAUCAAAUAUAACACACUUUGCAUCAGUGAUGAGGUUUACGAAUGGCUCGUGUAUACUGGAAAUAAACAUUUAAAAAUAGCCACUUUUCCAGGCAUGUGGGAGAGAACCAUAACAAUAGGAAGUGCUGGGAAGACUUUCAGUGUCACAGGCUGGAAGCUUGGUUGGUCCAUUGGUCCUCAUCACUUGAUUAAACAUUUACAAACAGUCCAACAAAAUAGUGUUUAUACUUGUGCAACUCCUUUACAGGAAGCUCUGGCUCGAGCUUUUUGGAUUGACAUCAAUCGCAUGGGUGACCCAGAGUGCUACUUUAAUUCUUUGCCAAAAGAGCUAGAAGUAAAAAGAGAUCGGAUAGUACGUUUACUUGAAAGUGUUGGCCUAAAACCCAUAGUUCCUGAUGGGGGAUACUUCAUCAUAGCUGAUGUGUCUUCACUAGAUGCGGACCUUUCCGAUAUGAAGAACAAUGAGCCUUAUGACUACAAAUUUGUGAAAUGGAUGACAAAAAAUAAGAAACUGUCAGCCAUCCCUGUUUCAGCAUUCUGUAACUCAGAGACUAAAUUACAAUUUGAGAAGUUUGUACGAUUUUGCUUCAUUAAAAGAGAUAGCACACUGGAUGCUGCUGAAGAAAUCAUGAAGACAUGGAGUAAACAGAAUUCUUGAUAUAAAUGCAGAAUGUGGCAAUGUUUAUGGGAUGACAGGCAUGGACUUGUUACUCAGUACUGCCACCUGCUGGAUGGUGAAAAAUAAAAUACUUUAAUAUAGAAGACAAUUAAAUAAUAUUGCCAUUGUUUUUCCAUAG